GCACUUCCGGUGUCUGCCGGCAAUUUGGCGUGGCCCUCCUGUUCUUUGACUCGCGUGCGCGGGCCCGUUCGCUUGCGGUCUCACGCACCUCGGGUUUCCCAGUCUCAUGGCGGGGCUGACCCUGUUUGUAGGCCGCCUCCCGCCCUCGGCCCGCAGUGAGCAGCUGGAGGAGCUGUUCAGUCAGGUGGGGCCAGUGAAGCAGUGCUUCGUGGUGACUGAGAAAGGAAGUAAGGCAUGCCGAGGCUUUGGCUAUGUCACUUUUUCGAUGCUGGAAGAUGUUCAGAGGGCCCUCAAGGAGAUUACCACCUUCGAAGGUUGCAAGAUCAACGUGACUGUUGCCAAGAGAAAACUGAAGCACAAGUCCAAGGAAAAGGGGAAAAAUGAAAAUUUGGAGUCCCCGAAGAAGGUGCUGAAGCCAAAAAAAGCCAAAAUGGCAGAUAAGAAAGCCAGAUUAAUUAUUCGGAACCUGAGCUUUAAGUGUUCAGAAGAUGACUUGAGGACAGUAUUUGCUCAAUUUGGAGCUGUCCUAGAAGUAAACAUUCCUAGGAAACCAGAUGGAAAGAUGCGUGGCUUUGCUUUUGUUCAGUUCAAGAACCUCCUAGAAGCAGGAAAAGCUCUCAAAGGCAUGAACAUGAAAGAGAUAAAAGGGCGGACAGUGGCUGUGGAUUGGGCCGUGGCGAAGGAUAAGUAUAAAGAUACUCAGUCUGCCUCUGUCUCAGGUGAGGGGAAGAACCCUGAGCCCAAACAGCAGGGAUCAGGUAAAGAGAACGGCCAGGAGAAAGAAGAUGAUGAUGAUGAUGAUGAUGAAGAAGAUGAUGCUGAGGAAGAUGAAGAAGAUGAGGAGGAAGAUGAAGGAGAAUCAAAGAUGACCAAGCCUGUGCAGAUUCAAAAGAGAGCUGUCAAGAGAGUAGCAGCUGCAGAGAGCAGUGAAGAGGAUCAUUCCAAUGAGGACAGUGACCUGGAACAAAGAGAUGGUAUUGAUGAUGGAGAGGAACUGGCUCAGAGUGACAUGGACACUGAAGAGCGGGAGGAUGAAGAUGCACAAAUCUCAAAGAAAAAGAAGAGAAAAUUACCAUCUGAUGUGAAUGAAGGGAAAACUGUCUUCAUCAGAAACCUGUCCUUUGACUCAGAGGAAGAAGACCUGGGAGAGCUGCUCCAGCAAUUUGGGGAUCUCAGAUAUGUUCGCAUUGUCUUGCAUCCAGACACAGAGCACUCUAAAGGAUGUGCAUUUGCUCAGUUCCUGACUCAGGAAGCAGCUCAGAAAUGCCUUGCAGCUGCAUCUCCAGAGACUGAGGGUGGUGGGCUUAAACUGGAUGGCCGUCAGCUCAGAGUUGACUUGGCAGUGACCCGUGAUGAAGCUGCAAAGCUUCAGACGAAGAAGGUGAAGAAGCCAACAGGAACCCGGAAUCUCUAUCUGGCCAGAGAAGGCUUGAUUCGUGCUGGGACGAAGGCUGCAGAGGGCGUGAGCGCUGCCGAUAUGGCCAAAAGAGAGCGGUUUGAGCUCCUGAAGCAUCAGAAACUCAAGGACCAGAAUAUCUUUGUCUCCCAGACGAGGCUGUGCCUGCACAAUCUCCCAAAGGCCGUGGAUGACAAGCAGCUCAGGAAGCUGCUGCUGAGUGCCACUAGAGGGGAGAAGGGGGUGCGCAUCAAGGAGUGUAGGGUGAUGCGAGACCUGAAAGGUGCUCAUGGGAAAGGGAAGGGCCAGUCCCUGGGCUAUGCCUUUGCAGAGUUCCAGGCGCACGAGCACGCACUGACAGCCCUGCGCUAUAUCAACAACAAUCCAGACGUCUUUGGUCCUCAGAAGAGACCAAUAGUGGAGUUCUCUCUGGAAGAUCGAAGGAAACUGAAAAUGAAGGAACUAAGGAUCCAGCGCAGUCUGCAAAAAGUGAGAUCCAAGUCCGCAAACAGAGAGCCCCAAGGGGAGCAGCCCAAGCCUGGAAAAGACCAGCAACAGAAGCCAGCUCAAAACCACACACACGGGCAAAGCAAGGCCUCCCUGGAGCCGAAGGGGAAGACAGGCUCAACCUCAUGGAUGGGGUUUCUGACCAAGGCAGAAGUGGAGCAGGUAGAGCUGCCUGAUGGAAAGAAGAGAAGGAAGGUCCUGGUGCUUCCCUCACACCGAGGCCCCAAGAUCAGGUUGCGGGACAAAGGCAAAGCGAAGCCUCUCCCUCCCAGUAAGCCAAAGCCCCAGAUAAACCAGAGGAAGCAAGAGAAACAGCUAUUAUCUUCCAAGCAGGCACCUAAGAAAAAAGCUAAGGGAAAUAAGACAGAAAUCCGCUUCAACCAGCUGGUCGAACAGUAUAAGCAGAAACUAUUGGGACCUUCUAAAGGAGCUCCUCUUGCAAAGCGGAGCAAAUGGUUUGAUAGCUGAUGAUGGCAGCAGACUGGAUAAGAAGCUGGAUUGUGUGCUUCCUGGUAAAGCUCCCAGCCAGUUCCUCUCCUUAUGUCUCUGAGGGGAAGAAGUCCCCGAGUCCAUGGCUGCUUUGUUGGGAGGCUUCUUGAGCUGUGCACACCUGAACUGCCACACCUCCUCCAGCGUGUGGUCAGUUAACCACAGAGACAUGUCAGAGAAAGCUGGGAUGCUUCUUUUGUACGAUCCAGUCGAUGGUGUGGAGCUGUGUGUAUAGGUCCAUUUUAUCCUUUGCUUCUCAUGUGGAAACAAUUGUAAAAAAACUUUCCUGAGGGCGGAAUUUGUAAGAUGUGUAUUUUGAUAAGCAUCUUCUCUAAAGGAAAUAUUUUGAGGCUUUUUGAAUAACAUCUCU